AUACAUUCCCACACCAUCACUCUCUCUCACCAUCACCAUCACCAUCACCAUCAUCAUCUUCUUCUUCUUCUUGUAUAUAUUACAAACCAAGAACAGACCACAUUAAUGGAGGAGGUGGAGAAAGAAAAGGAGAAGAGCAAUAUUCCAUCAAGUAGUGGCCCAAUUGCCAAAAUGCCACUCCCAAAAUCCCCAUCCCUGCAACACCCAGAUGCCCAAACUGGUGCAGAUCAGCGCUUCAACAAUGCCCUCAGAGAAUUGAAGGACUUGCGCUCACAACUCCACACGGCUGCAGACUACUGCGAGGAUGCAUUUCUAAAGGCUGAGCGGAAAAAGAUAAUCUUGGAGAGCACGAAGAGCUAUGUAUGUGACGCGAUUGUAGCGGUGAUCGAUCAUCUAGGGACUGUCUCAUCAAAGCUCGAUGAUCGACUGUGUGACAACACUGAAAUUGUGCAGACCGAACAUAAGAUCGACUCUCUGAAACAGAGGCUUUCGAUAUGCCAACAAAAUGCUGUUGCUGUAGAACUAUCGACUCUCCAAUGGACCGCCAAGUUACCGCAACAUCACAGGCGUUAUGUCUCGCAGUCAGCUCAGAGAACUGAAAGACAAAACAGCUACUCCAGGAAUGAGGAUUUAAUACCUCUCAAGAACCCAUACAAGAAGGAUGACCGAUUAAAGCUAGCAGAUAAUCAGCUGGCAUCUGCCGCUGUUGCCUUUGCCAAACCCCGUAUUCCUCGAUCAAGUUCUGGGAGAAAGGUUGGUAUGGCGCUCGCCGACCGCGAUAGCUCUUCAAUGCUAGCGAAAUCAUUUGGUCUGAAGUUAGAGGAUUUUCAUCUACUGGGAGGUGGACACAAAAAGAAGAAUCUCUUGUCAUUUCUCAGGAUGAGAAAAAGAAAGACAUGAAACCAAGCAUUAUUAGGAGGCCAUGAUGUUUAGAUCUCUUUAUCACAACCUGAGAACCUGCAUUUGCACUAUUUGGACUUGAAUCUUCAAAUGGUUCAAAGAAAGAGAUUGUUUAUGAUGAUCCUUGGAUGCCAACUUAUUAUAUUACCCAUAUGAUGACAUAACCAUGGAAUCUGGCUAUGUAGGAACUAGGAAGUAACAUGAUUGAAUGUAAAAUAUUAGAAAACACAAUGCUCUCAAGCUUUUGGAAUAAUUGGUUAUUUUGUAUUAGAGCAACAAAUCCUGUGUUCGAAUCUUA